CUUAUGGAAACUAAUGCUGUAACUAGAAGAUACCAAACCAGAAGCGUCACAGCAAAACCAGUGGCCAAAUCUCACAUUGACUGGAGUCGGACUAAGAGAUAUCUAUUUCCUGAAAGUCAGGAUGAUGACGAUGACAUUAUAUAUUCCUCUUCCUCCUCGUCAUCCUCAUCCUCAGAAAGAGAUCCCAAGUCCAGAUUGAAAGAAGAUGUAGAUGGAAAAGAAGAAAAGACCUCCAUACUUAGCAAAAGUAAUAGUGAAGCUGGGAGCGAUGCAGAUUUACAGAAAGGUUGGAGCGAUGCAUCUUCUGAGGAUCUGGAAGAAGAAAACAUCUCCUUUGGAAAGAGGAAGAGACCUCGGACAGCGGUGAUAUAUGACAGUGAUGAAAGCAGUGACAGCAGUGUUCCUAGGAAAAUGAUUGCUAAAGGCAGGACGGUAAUUAGUGAAGAGGACUUAUCUGUUGGUGAGGAGUCACCCACAUCCCCAGAAGAGAAAGCAGCCAAUAGAAAACAAGAAGGACACCUACAGCUUCAAGAACUCUCUUCCCGGCAAACACAAAAAUCUGGGAGAGUCAAUCAACGUGAUGAGGGAAGUGCAGAUCAUGCCUUGAUGCAACGUGAUAAUCAUUCACCCCUCACACAAGAGGAAAUUAGUGUUACAUCUGAUGAAGACAGCAUGAAAAAUUUCAUAGAAGAAGAAGGAGACGAGGAGGAGGAGGAGGAGAAAUGGGAUAACUUUCAGGAGGAAGACUACCAACAUCAAGACAGAAAACAUCAUGUGGCCAGUCACUUAUUGGAAGAACAUAUUCCAUUUGUGUCUGGGGUCGAUCGUUAUUUACACUUUCAAAGAGUUGUGAAAGCCUUUCUCAUCAAUGCAACUGAUGAUAAAUUUCUGAGCUCUUUAUAUGAGAGGAAAAGAGAAAAGAAGUACGCGCAGGAAAUGCUAAGUUCCCUCGAUUAUUUUGAUCAACGCUUUAUUCAACCGUACCUUGAAAGUCUCGUUUCGGAAUGUCGCUGGAAAAAACGAUACAGGACACGAGUAGACAGUUACUCUAAUGUCCGUAUAAUCCCGCAAUACUCAGAGACGCGUAUUUGUCAAGCCUGUGAGCUAGAUAGAGACUGUACGUUUAUAGUGAUUUUUUCUGGAAAAGAUUACUGUCAUAAAACACUGAAAGAGGAUGACUUCAUGCCUCACGAUACACAGAGGUUGAAAGUUGGCAUUGUAUGUCAAAGGCGUACCAAGGUUUAUCAUGAUCUGAAGCAUUAUAAAUAUAAGUUGUAUCAGGAAUGCUGUUCAGCUGUAAAAGAACAACAUAUUCGGGAUGAAGAUGGAGAGGAAAAUCUUCAGGAUGAGCCAGUCAAAGAUUUCGUGAAACGAGUUUUCAGCCAUCUGGAGGAAAAUCGCUGGAUAUGUGAGAAAUAUUCUGAGCUUGAAAGCUAUCAGGACAAAGUAGCAGAAUUCCUUAAAUUUUUGAACAACUUUAAAAGAGAUCUUUCAUUUGAGUAACGCUACUGAAGGGUUUUUACCUCUAUACCACAUUUCUGAUAUUAUUCUUUUUUAUUUAUGGUUCACUGUAGCAUGCAAAUAUAUGUGCUACAUUUCUUUUUUUUUUUCUACUUUAUUUUAAUUAUGAAAAUAAUCUUCCAAAUAUAAAUUUUUAUUCAGGAAAACCCUUGAGGACUGGAUCGCUCAUCAAAUGAUCCUGAAAUCAAACUGCACAUUUAUUCAACAAAUGAAAUUUUCUGCGCUGUGUUACACAAGCACUUUCUUCAAAGAUAAAAUUUUCUGCAUUGCUUUUUGACGCUUUUGGUCAUCGCCUCUUAGUACCAUAUUUUCUACAAACUCUAUAAACAUUUAGUUUAAUUUUUUUCAAACAAUCUUCCGAAAACCUGCCGUUUUAUCCUUUAUUCCUGCAGAUACAGAAUUCAAGGAUUUUAUUACCAGUGGCAUAACUGUCAGAGGAAGAAACUUAGGAAGGAGCUGCCCUAAUUUUUCAGGCAGUUAAAAAUGAGGGCGGGAAAUUUGUACUUGCAAAAUAUCUGUUAAUGUAACCUUAC